CUAAUGCAUACCUGUUUUGUUUUUUUUUGCUGUAGGUGAAAAAUGACUAUAUGUUAGAAAUAGCAGAUCAAGUGGACCAGGAAAUUGCUUUGAAACUAGGUUGCCUUGAAAUCAGGAGAUCCUACGGAGAGAUGAGAGGCAAUGCAUUAGAAAAGAAAUCCAACUAUGAAGUGCUAGAAAAAGAUGUCGGUUUAAGACGAUUUUUUCCGAAGAGUUUGCUAGAUUCAGUGAAGGCCAAAACACUACGAAAAUUAAUCCAACAAACAUUUCGACAAUUUGCCAACCUCAACAGAGAAGAAAGUAUUUUGAAAUUCUUUGAGAUCCUCUCUCCAGUGUACAGAUUUGACAAGGAAUGCUUCAAGUGUGCUCUUGGUUCAAGCUGGAUUAUUUCAGUGGAGCUGGCAAUUGGCCCAGAGGAAGGAAUCAGCUACCUUACAGACAAGGGUGCAAAUCCAACUCACCUGGCAGAUUUUAAUCAAGUACAAACUAUUCAGUAUUCAAACAGUGAAGACAAGGACAGAAAAGGGAUGUUGCAACUGAAGAUAGCUGGUGCACCAGAGCCUCUGACAGUGACAGCACCAUCCUUAACCAUUGCAGAGAAUAUGGCUGACUUGAUAGACGGAUAUUGCCGACUGGUGAAUGGAGCCACGCAAUCUUUUAUUAUCAGGCCACAGAAAGAAGGUGAAAGAGCUUUACCAUCAAUACCAAAGCUGGCCAACAAUGAGAAGCAAGGAGUAAGGUCUCACACAGUCUCUGUAUCAGUUUUAAAUAAAGACCUUUUCAAACUAGUGAAGAGUGAAGUUGCCUCCAGGAAUCUCAAGCAGCAAAUUGCUGAACUGGGAGCCAAGAAAUGUUCCCUAAUGGCCGUGUGUCACUGAACCAGGUUUCACUGUGGCUUUCUCUGUUUUGGCAUUCUUUGUCUUACCUCUCUGUAUUUAAUAUUUCU